UUCACUGUGAGCUCCGUUUCGUACGGCUAUACUGAGGAUCGGCGCAGGGGGAGGCGGAGGAGGUGGAGGGAGGGAAACGCGGCGGCGUCGAUGGAGGCGUCGGAGGGCGGCGGACUCGAAGCGGACCUGGAGCGGAGGGUCAUGGUGGCGGUGAAGGCGGCGGAGGAACGGGGCGACCCGCCGCUGCUGCGGGCGGUCGAGGCGGCGCGGUGCGUCCAGGAGCGGGGCCUAGGGCUUCCCAACCCCGAGCUGGGUCGCGUCCUCGUCUCCAAUCUCUGUUUCGCAAACAACAACCCGUCCCUGUGGAAGCUGCUCGACCAGACCAUGGCUUCCUGCGUCGUCUCUCCCAUCCACGCCCUCGCCCUCCUCACCCCCAGGGUGACCCCUCAUCGACGGACGCAGCCGGAGGCCUACCGGCUCUACCUGGUCCUUUUGAGCCGGUACGCCCUCUCAUCGCUCUCGGUUGAGGCUGGAUCUUGCAGAGACAAGAUUGCAAAAUCAGUUGAUGAUGCCCUACAACUUUCAGAUACAUAUGGGGUUAAAAAAAUGGAUUUUGGUCAUGCAGUUGUUUUGUUUAUUAUGACUGUUAUCACAAUCUUGAUUGAUUGUACAAUUGAAGAUUAUGGCUUGCGAUUGGUAUCCACAGACAAACAUGGCAGUGUAUGUGCUAAUGGUGGAAAACAAGUAAUGGAGUUAGAUGUUAAAGGGAAUUCAUAUGACAAGAGAAAUGAGCAUCGUGAACAUCUACGUAGAACAAAUGCUUUAUUGGCUAUUGAGGUGGCUGAAAAAAUUUCUUCAAAUAAAAAGACAAAAGCUUUUCUUCAUCUCAUCCAUAUCAAUAUGCCUGAGAAGUUCAAUGGUCUUCUUCAGAGACUGCAAACUGUUGAAUCCAAUAUAUUGACAUCAGAGAGUUUCUUAUCACUCAGUCCUAUUUUGAAUAAAUUGUUCACGAAUAUAAAGAAGGCAACGAGUACAGAACUCCUUUUGAAUAAGCAUCAGCUUCUUGGAGCUCUAGCUGAUGCUGGGCCAUCUAGCUUGAAUUCAUGUAACAGUUCUGGGGCUGGAAGGGAUGCUUGUUGGAUUCCUAUUGAUAUUCUGAUGGAGAACGCAAUGGAUGGGAAGCAUCUGUAUGCCAUAUCUGCUGUUGAGGUUCUUACAGAAUUGACCAAGACACUUAAAGUAAUUAACCAGGCAAGCUGGCAGGAGACUUUUCAAGCUCUUUGGGUUUCAGCUCUCCGACUUGUACAGCGAGAUCGUGAGCCUCUGGAAGGACCAAUACCUCAUCUUGAUGCAAGAUUGUGCAUGCUACUUUCAAUUGUCCCUUUGGCAAUCGUUGCCGUCGUGAAGGAAGAGCUUGAUAUACGUUAUCCUGUCAACAAUGGCUUUUUGAGAAGCAAUUCACAUGAAAAUGAAGGGAAUAAGUUUUCUUCUAGAAGGCAUGGAUUGAUAUCUUCCCUUAAGAUGCUAGGACAAUUUUCAGCACUUCUCUUACCUCCUCCAUCAGUUGUCAAUGCAGCAAACAAUGCUGCUACAAAAGCAGCAGUCUUUGUUUCAAAUUACAAGGCUGGGAAUAACAAUCUAAAUGUUGUUGGGCAUAAUGAUUCUUCUAUAAAAGCAGUUGGGAAUAUGCUGCAUCUAAUAGUUGAAGCCUGUAUUGCAAGAAAUUUGAUUGAUACAUCUGCUUACUUUUGGCCUGGUUAUGUGGGUCCAUCUGCUUUGUCAAGGGAUUCAACUUCAGUUCAAGAUUCUCCUUGGUCAACCUUCCUUGAGGGGGCUCCACUAAAUGGUUCUUUGAAAAACUCCCUUAUGGUGACUCCUGCAUCUAGUUUAGUAGAAUUGGAGAAGAUGUACCACAUUGCAGUCAAUGGAUCAGAAGAAGAAAAAUUAGCAGCUGCAAAGAUUCUCUGUGGUGCGUCCCUUGUCCGUGGCUGGAAUGUCCAGGAACAUGUUGUGCACAUUGUGGUGAAAUUGCUAUCUCCGCCUAUACCUCCUGAUUCUUCAGCAUCUGGAGUUGGGAAUUAUUUAAUUGGCCACAUGUCUGUGCUCAGUGCUAUUUUAUUUGGAGUUUCUUGUGUGGACAUUGUUCAUAUUCUUUCUUUAUAUGGGAUGGUUCCAGAAGUUGCGGCAGCUUUAAUGCCACUUUGUGAGGCUUUUGGUUCACUGACACCUCUUUCCAGUCAUAGAUCAAGCACAUCUGAGGAACCCUCUGUUUACACAGUCUUCUCGUGUGCAUUCCUGUUUCUCAUUCGAUUGUGGAAGUUCUAUAAGCCCCCUCAGGAACACUGUAUAGCAGGCCGUGGAGGCUCCAUGAGGAUGGAACUAACGCUAGACUAUCUUUUAUUGAUGCGCAACAGUCGUAUUACUUUGCAAAACUCUUCUCCUGUCGACAGAACUGUUAAUAACAUGGACCCAUUUUAUUCAUCACCAAGUCAACCAGUUUACAUUGACUCAUUUCCAAAACUUCGGGCUUGGUAUUUCCAGAAUCAAGCAUGUAUAGCCUCCACUCUUUCUGGUCUGUGUAGUAAAAAUCCUGUGCAUCAAGUUGCCAAUAAGAUUUUGAGUAUGAUCUGUCGAAAAAUGUCGAUAACUGGACCUGUUUCUGGUAAUCCCUCAUCAAAUUCUAGUAGCAGCAUAAGUGGAUCACCUGUAAGUACGAGUGACGAUUCUUUCCAAAGGCCAAUGCUUCCUGCAUGGGAGAUUCUAGAAGCAGUUCCCUUUGUUCUUGAAGCUAUUUUGACUGCAUGUGCUCAUGGGAGGCUUUCAUCCCGAGAAUUGACGACAGGUUUGAGAGAUCUUGUGGAUUUUCUGCCAGCUUCUCUUGCUACUAUCAUUAGCUACUUUUCAGCUGAGAUUACUCGUGGAAUAUGGAAACCAGUUCCAAUGAACGGAAUUGACUGGCCUAGCCCUUCUCCAACUCUUCUCUCCACUGAAUCUGAAAUAAAAGAAAUCCUUGCCUCCGCUGGGGUUCAUAUUAAGAGCUGUUAUCCACGUGGGAUGCCACCAAUGCUCCCAUUGCCAAUGGCAGCUCUUGUGAGCUUGACAAUAACAUUCAAGCUCGACAAGAGCGUGGAGUACAUCCAUGGAGUUGUCGGUCAGGCCCUUGAGAACUGUGCAACGGGCUGCACCUGGCCAAGCAUGCCAAUCAUAGGAGCAUUAUGGACUCAAAAGGUGCGAAGGUGGCAUGACUUUAUCGUCCUAUCUUGCUCACGCUCUCCCUUCUCAAGGGAUAAAGAUGCUGUUGCGCAGCUGAUAAGAAGCUGCUUCACAUCAUUUUUGGGUCCUUCCGUUGUUGGAGGUUCUCACAUUACAGCACAUCGUGGAGUCAAUGGACUUCUAGGCCAGUUUAUGUCCGACCAGGGUGUCCGGCUACCAAUCGCACCAGGGUUUCUCUACCUCCGGACUUGUCGAACGUUUCAUGAUACCCAUUUUGUCAAUGAGGUGAUUUUCAAGCUGGUCAUUGAGUGGGCACACAAACUGGCAAAUGAGUGGGCCUCUGAUGGGCCUGCCCACCUGAAAUCAAGUCGGAUAUCACUUGCAGCUGCUGCAUCAGGAGUACAGCAGGUGGCAACACUGGGAACGUGCCUUUUGUGUAUUGCAGGUGGUGUGGAGAUGGUGCAGGUACUCUAUGAGGAGACCUUGCCAACAAUGCUACUGUCAGCUGGGGGGGAGAAGUUAGGUGGUGCUGGGCCGGUAUCCAACAUCCUACAAGGCUACGCUUUGGCCUAUAUGCUGAUCUUGUGCGGGGCUCUUGUUUGGGGGGUCGGAAAUACAUCCCCAGCAUACGCAUCGGUGUUCUCAUCAAGGCGAGCCCGGGUUAUAGGAAUCCACAUGGACUUUGUAACCGGUGCCGUGGAGGGCAACAUAAUUCUUCGGUGUGAUCCGGCAACGUGGAAAGCAUAUGUUUCAUGUUUUGUGGGCUUGCUGGUGAAAUUUGCACCAGCAUGGGUGCAUGAGGUGAAGCAGGAGACUCUGCGAAAGUUGGCCAGUGGCCUGAGGGGGUGGCAUGAGUGUGAUUUGGCUUUAUCACUGCUUGAGCGUGGUGGUCCCUCAUCCAUGACAGCGGUGGUGGAAUACAUGUUGUGAUUUAUCCCAUUCGAUGUUGCUUCUGUAGAUUUUAUAGAGCAGAUGAUAUCCUGAUCUUGACACCCGUGUUUCAGGCUGGAGCAGUUUUGUAUCCAAUCCGGUUCAUGUUCCGAUGGCUUUCAGUUGUCUGAUGAACGUGUAUGUGGGGAUGAGUUAUUUGAUAUCAGUUGGUACGUGUUACCUAAAGAGCAUCAAGAUCAAAUUUUUUCUAACCGUCAACUUUGUACAGGUGUUUAAAACAAGUUUUUGAGUUGAAGCUCGACUUAAACAGUCUGUAAAGGUCUCUCUUACUGAUGAAGGUAAGACGUUUGGGCACAAUUGCGGCACACAUAUCUGUUAGAUGAGUAGUAGGAUUGGUUUUCGGUCCAAGGCUUUAUGAGCAAAUUUAGGAAGGAUGUUACUUGGGAGAGAUGACAGGAUCAUAUGUGUAGUAGUAAUGGUGCUGACGGGAGGAGGACAUGCAAGUGUUUAUGAAGAAAGAAGAAAGAAUUGGAGUCUCUUUUUCUUUUCUUUUAUAAAAUUUAUGAGAAAUGGAUAAUGUGGUAAAGACUUUUUGAUGAUACAGUACUGUUUGGUCCAAACAUUGUAAUUACACUACUGAUUACAAUAAAACGUUCAUUUACCACUGAGAA